AGAGUUUACAUCUUUGUUACUGGCUGAGUUGAAACUCGAGGAUUUCGUGGAAUAUAAAACGCGAGUAUCUACGUCCGCCCUAAGACUACAACUAGCUCUUUCAGCGGAAGGAGCAGUCAGAGUCUUGGCACAGGCGCACACACACUCGGUCUUCCACUGACGGCUCUACGUUUCUCAUUUCGCUUUGAGACGCUAAAACUCCGCUAAAACGCAGUAACGUCAUGUCGGACUUUUCCGCCGACCCGGAUUUCCAGUACUUGUACGUGGACCGGAAGAAGCUUCUCAAGGAGCAGACUGGCACGUUCGACGGCAAGAAGGCAUGCUGGGUACCGGAUGAGAAGGAUGGUUACGCCCAGGGUGAGAUCGUGUCCUCGAAAGGGGAGGAAAUCACCGUCAAGCUCCUGAAGAAUAACGAGAGCAAGGCCUUCAAGAAGGAUGACCUUCAGCAGGUCAACCCGCCCAAGUACGACAUGUGCGAUGACAUGGCCAACAUGACCUACUUGAACGAGGGCUCUGUGCUCAACAACCUUCGCCAGCGCUACUACAAGGGUUUUAUCUACACGUACUCGGGUCUCUUCUGCGUGGCCGUGAACCCCUACCGUCGUCUGCCAAUUUACCUGGAUUCGAUCAUUGCCAAGUACCGCGGCAAGAGGAAGAUGGAGAUGCCGCCCCACUUGUUCUCUGUGGCCGAUACCGCCUUCCAGAACAUGUUGCAGGAUCGUGAGAAUCAGUCCUGUCUUAUUACUGGCGAGUCUGGUGCCGGUAAGACUGAGAACACCAAGAAGGUCAUCAUGUACUUCGCCAAGGUCGCCGCCGCCCAGUCAAAACAGGCCGGCGAGGAGCAACCGGAUUCAAAGAAGGGCUCGCUGGAGGAUCAGAUUGUGCAGGCAAACCCCGUCCUCGAGGCGUACGGUAACGCCAAGACCACCCGUAACAACAACUCCUCGAGAUUCGGUAAAUUCAUCCGUAUCCACUUCGGACCUUCGGGCAAGAUCGCCGGUGCUGACAUUGAGCACUACUUGCUGGAAAAGUCCAGAGUAACCUACCAGCAGCCAGCUGAACGCAAUUACCACAUUUUCUACCAGAUAUUGACACCCGUUUUCCCAAAAAUGCACGAAAUGUGUCUGGUCCAGCCGGAUCCGGGUCUCUACUCCUUCAUCAACCAGGGUGUGCUUACGGUCGACGGUAUCGAUGACGUCGCGGAAAUGAAAAUCACUGACGAUGCGUUCGACGUCCUUGGUUUUACCCAGGACGAAAAGAACAGCCUCUACAAGUGCACCGCCGCCAUCUUGCACUUCGGUGAGAUGAAGUGGAAACAGAACCCCAGAGAGGAACAGGCCGAGGCCGACGGAACCUCUGAGGCCGAAAAGGUUGCUUUCCUUCUGGGCGUCAACAGCGGUGACUUGCUCAAGGGUCUUCUGAAACCUAAGAUCAAGGUCGGUACCGAGUUCGUCACACAAGGCAGAAACAAAGAUCAAGUGACCUACUCAAUCAGCGCCCUGGCCAAGGCUGUGUUCGACCGCAUGUUCACCUGGCUCGUGAAGAGAGUCAAUCUGACCCUUGACACCAAAGCCAAGAGAAACUUCUACAUCGGUGUGCUCGAUAUUGCCGGUUUCGAAAUCUUCGACUUCAACAGCUUUGAGCAGCUGUGCAUCAACUACACGAACGAGCGUCUACAGCAGUUCUUCAACCAUCACAUGUUCGUCCUCGAGCAGGAGGAGUACAAGAAGGAAGGCAUCCAGUGGGAAUUCAUUGACUUUGGUAUGGACCUGCAGGCCUGUAUCGAACUCAUCGAAAAGCCCAUGGGUAUCUUGUCCAUUCUUGAGGAAGAAUGCAUGUUCCCGAAGGCCUCCGACAAGACGUUCGAGGAAAAAUUAAUGACAAACCAUCUCGGCAAAUCGAAGGCAUUCGGCAAGGUCAACAAGUCACGCAAGGGGGGUGGCAAUGCUCAUUUCGAGCUGGGUCACUACGCCGGAGCCGUGCCGUACAAUAUCUCGAACUGGCUUGAGAAGAAUAAGGACCCUCUCAACGAGACCGUUGUUGGUAUUCUGAGCGAAUCUAAGGAACCUCUCGUUGGUCAGCUCUUCGAACUGCCUAAGGAGCCCGAAGGUGGUGGCGGUGGCAAGAAGAAGGGAAAGUCCUCUGCUUUCCAGACAAUCUCUGCCCUUCACAGAGAAUCCCUGAACAAGCUCAUGAAAAACUUGUACAACACCCACCCUCACUUCGUGCGUUGCAUCAUCCCCAACGAGGUGAAGACUCCUGGAUUGAUCGAUGCCGCUCUUGUUCUCAACCAGCUCCAGUGCAACGGUGUACUUGAGGGUAUCCGUAUCUGCAGAAAGGGAUUCCCAAGCAGGGUCCUCUACGCUGAGUUCAAACAGAGAUAUUCAAUUUUGGCUCCAAACGCUAUCCCAUCAGGCUUCGUUGAUGGUAAGGUUGUGACUGAGAAGAUUUUAACCGCCAUUCAAAUUGAUCCGAACGAGUACAAGAUCGGUAACACAAAGGUUUUCUUCAAGGCCGGUGUUCUGGGUAACCUUGAAGAUAUACGUGACGAGCGCCUUUCCAAAACCGUGUCGUUGUUCCAGGCCUGGAUCAGAGGUUAUCUGAUGCGUAAACAGUAUAAGAGACUCAACGAUCAGAGGACUGCAUUGUCCAUGAUCCAGAGGAAUAUCAGGAAAUGGAUGGUGCUCAAGAACUGGCAAUGGUGGAAACUGUACACCAAGGUCAAGCCUCUUCUCAACGCUGCCCGCGCUGAAGAUGAAAUCAAAAAGAUGGAAGAAGCGUUUGCGAAGACAAAGGAAGAAUUGGCUAAGAUUGAAAAAAUCAAGAAAGAACUCGAAGAGAGAUGUGUUGUUCUGCAAAGAGAAAAGGAUGACGCUUUGCUUCAGCUAUCAGCUGAAGGGGACACUCUGGGUGAAAUGGAAGAAAAGAUUGAAAACCUUAUACAGCAAAAGGUAGAUUACGAAGCUCAAAUCAAGGAGAUGGAAGAAAGACUGUUGGACGAAGAGGACGCCGCUGCCCAUCUUGACGCAGUCAAAAAAGACCUCGAAGCAAAGCAAGCUGUAAUGAAAGAACAAAUCGAAGGACUCGAAGCAACUCUUAAAAAGGCUGAGCAUGACAAACAGACUAAGGAUGCACAAAUAAAGACACUUGAAGGCGAGAUGGCUCAGCAAGAUGAGCAGAUCGGAAAACUAAACAAGGACAAGAAAAACCUUGAAGACACCGUUAAGAAAACCCAAGAUUCACUGAAGGCAGAAGAGGAAAAAGUUAACAAUCUGAACAAGCUCAAGCAAAAACUUGAAGCAACCCUUGAUGAGAUGGAAGACAAUCUUGAGCGUGAGAAGAAGGUUCGUGCAGAUGUAGAGAAGGCUAAAAAGAAGCUCGAAGCCGACCUGAAGGCAACACAGGAAAGUGUUGAGGAGUUAGAACGUGUCAAGGCUGAAAUGGACGGAAACAUUAAAAAGAAGGAUCAAGAUAUCAAGAACCUCAGCCAGAAAUUGGAAGAAGAGCAAGGUCUUGUUGCCCAGCUCCAGAAAAAGAUCCGAGAACUUCAGGCUCGCAUUGAAGAACUAGAAGAAGAAUUAGAAGCCGAAAGGGCAAAUCGGUCAAAGAUUGAAAAGCAGAAGAAUGAUAUUGCCCGCGAGCUUGAUGAUCUUGCCGAAGCUCUCGAUGAACAGGGUGGUCAGACAGCAGCACAGGUGGAACUAAACAAGAAGCGAGAGGCAGAAUUGCAAAAACUGCGUCGCGAUCUGGAAGAACAGAGCAUGCAGAAUGAGUCUACGAUCGCCGGUCUCCGCAAAAAGGCCCAGGAUGCCACCAAUGAGAUGGCCGACCAGAUCGACCAGCUGCAGAAGGUCAAACAAAAAGUAGAAAAGGAGAAGGCUCAACUGAAGAACGAUAUUGCCGACCUUCAAGAUCAGCUUGCAAAUUCAUCUAAGAAAGGAGGAAUGUCUGAGAAGAUGAGCAAGCAGGUUGAGGCUCAAAUCGCAGAUCUAAACGCUCAACUGGAGGAGAGUCUGCGCACAAUCAAUGACCUGAAUGCAGCUAAGGCCAAGCUACAGUCGGAUAAUGCUGAACUAGCACGUCAGGUGGAGGACUCCGAAGGCAGGGUUAACCAACUGAACAGAGAACGUGCAAACCUUCUGUCUCAGCUUGACGAGACAAAACGCAGCCUUGAAGAAGAAACUAGGGCACGCCAGAAGUUGGCAAAUGAGCUGAGAAACCUUCAGGCUGAGCUGGACGCCCUCCGCGAACAGCUCGAGGAAGAAACCGAUGCUAAGGCUGACCUGCAGAGGCAGCUGUCUAGAGCCAACGCUGAGGCCCAGAGCUGGCGCGCUAAGUAUGAAAACGAGGGCAUGGCGCGUGCCGAUGAACUUGAGGAGACAAGGCGUAAACUCGCUGCUAAACUGUCAGAGCUGGAGGCGGCUCUUGAUGCUGCUAACAACAAGGCGAACACUCUUGAAAAGACAAGGAACCGUUUACAGAUGGAGUUGGAAGAUGCCGUUAUCAGCGCUGACAAAGCCAAUUCCAACGCAAAUGCUCUGGAGAAGAGAAACAGAUCGUUUGACAAGACCGUUGCUGAAUGGCAACAAAAGGUGAAGGCCAUUCAGUCUGAGUUUGAAAACUCACAGAAGGAAUCUCGUAGCUACUCUGCAGAGCUCUUCCGAACAAAGACACAAUAUGAGGAGCUACAGUCUACUGUCGAUUCUCUGAGAAGGGAAAAUGGAAACUUGUCAGCUGAAAUCCAUGAUUUGACCGAGCAACUCAGCGACGGCUCAAGAAGCGUGCAUGAGAUCGACAAGAUCCGCCGCCGCCUUGAGAUGGAGAAACAGGAACUGCAGACCGCAUUGGAAGAGGCAGAAUCCACUCUGGAGCAGGAAGAGGCGAAGGUAGCACGCGCUCAGCUUGAGAUCAGCGCUGUCCGCUCGGACAUCGAUAGACGCAUCGCCGAGAAAGAAGAGGAAUUCGAAAACACUCGACGAAACAGUGCACGCGCUAUUGAGUCAAUGCAGGCAUCCCUAGAAGCAGAAAGCAAAGCCAAGGCUGAGGCUCAGAGAGUUCGUAAGAAGUUGGAAUCUGACAUUAAUGAACUUGAAGCUGCCCUCGACGUUUCUAACCGCAGUAGAGCCGACAUGGAGAAGAAUGCUAAGCGCUUCCAGGAUACGUUGAGAGAGCUGCAAGCCGUUAUCGAUGAUGAACGCCGCAAGACUACAGAAGCCUUUGAGGCUGCACAGAUAGCUGAACGUCGAGUCAACGUCAUCCAAGUUGAAUGCGAAGAGGUGCGCAACGCUCUUGAGAGUGCUGAAAGGGCAAGAAAAGCCGCUGAAGGCGAACUUUUGGAUGCUGGCGAUCGUGUCAACGAGCUGUCAUCCCAGCUUCAGGGUUCAGCAAGCCAGAAGAGGAAGCUGGAAGCCGAUAUUAGCGCAAUGAGUGCCGACCUUGAAGAAAUGAGCAACGAGGUGCGCCGCGCUGACGAUCAGUGCAAGAAGCUCUCUCUUGACAUGAAUCGCCUGGUUGACGAGCUGAGGUCUGAAAAGGAUCACUCUUCACAGCUGCAGAAGAUCCAAAAAUCACUCGAGCUUCAGCUCAAGGACGUCACGCUCCGAUGCGAUGAAGCCGAGGCUAAAGCUCUUAAGGGAGGAAGAGCCCAGAUUUCCAAACUGGAGUCCAGGGUCACGGAGCUUGAGACCGAGCUGGAUAGCGAGCAGAGGCGCCACGCUGAGACUCAGAAGAACGCCCGCAAGGCCGAUCGCCGUCUGAAGGAGCUCGCCUUCCAGGUGGACGAGGACAGGAAGAACCAGGAGCGCCUUCAGGAGCUGAUUGACAAACUCCAGAACAAGAUCAAGACCUACAAGCGCAUGGCAGAGGAAGCCGAGGAGGUCGCCGCCAUCAACCUGGCCAAAUACCGGAAGGUCGCCGACGAGCUUGAGGGCGCCGAGGAGCGGGCCGACUCCGCCGAGAACACGCUGCAGAAGGCGCGUCUGGCGAACCGCAGCAUGUCCACCAGCGCCACCACCAGCUCCAGCACCGUGGUGCGCAAGAAGACAGUCGUCUCUUCGGAGGCUUAAAUCGCAAACACUGACGACGGUGUGUGUAGCGACCCCCGCCCCUCUUACUUCCGGUCUCUAUUUACCCCCAGCCGCUGUGGAGGAUUUUUACGGCACGUGUGGAGGUCGUUCAUUGCAGUGAGGUCACAGCCCAUUCAUCUUGACAUCGUCUUCCGCAAAAAAAACUUUUGAUAUUUAUCAAUCUACGUGUGAUUUUAUUUUGCUAUUUUCUCGUAAGCUUGGAGACAUUCAGACCUGAAGACCCCGAGACAGUGUCCAUGACAACCGGCUUUGUAUUGGCCGCUUAAAAACGCGAGACACUACAGUAUAGUUAAUGAGGAUGUGCCAAGACUCAACUAAAAACAGCGGACGAUGCGACGUCGCUUCUCAUUGGACACGCGUUUCUGGGAUAUAGCACGUGACAAUUAGUAUGCCACAUGACAAUCUUUUACACCACGUUAACAUUUAUUUUUGAUCUGAAAGUGUUUUCAAUUUGUGCGAAGUUUGAAAUGACAUUCGUCAAGAAAAUAUUAACAUCAGUUGAGAUUAUAAAUCAAUAUAGCGUAACAUGUUUGUUCAGGUCAAACCAUUACUGAAUGUGUAACCAUUGUACAUGUUAUGGCCUCCGCACUGCUUACAUUAGGUAUUGUCCCGGUAUACCUAAUGCAGGCCCGUGUAUGAGACCUCAACGGCUGUUACUGUACUAGUUUAUGUAUUUAUUUCAAUAUUAUUAUAUAUUUACGGAAGCCAUUUUGACUGCAUACAUACGGUAGCAAAUGUUUUAACGUUUUGAUUGCUGUUGUUUUUGUGUCAAGUAUGGGUUUUCUCUUUAACAAAUUAUUCGAUUGUUUAACCCUUAAUAAAGUCGAGAAGUAGA